AUUUUCUUGGUUCAGAUGAAUUUCCGAGAAUUGUGGCACAGUAACUUUAGUUGUGCUCAUGAGAAUACAUCUAGUUUUAUAAAAAUUUGCCUUCGGUGAUAGGGAUGUAGCAAUAUUGACAGUCAAGCUUGCUCUGAAAAAGUGCUGCGCUAUAAAUGCAUUAAUCUGUUUUGAUUUGGAACACUGUGGAACUUGAAAUUUUUGUGUGAAUCGAACAUUUUCCAAACUUUUGUGACGAUAACGUGAAGAAAAGACUAAAGUUUUUAGUGAAAAGCUUUGGAAGAUUGUACAAAAUGGCUCCCAUCUAUAAUAUUGAACCUGUUCGACCAGCUCGUAGUGAUUCUGAAAGUGAUUUUGAACAUAUACCGGAUGACGAGUCAAUUGAGAUUAUCGAUGAUGUUGAUGAUGAAUCUACAAACUACUCGAUGGUGUCUAACGAAACAGUUCCUUUGGUGAACUGUUGUGAGGGAUGUAAGUGUGACGAUUCUGAAACAAAUAGUAGUGAAGAUGACUCUCCUCCAGACUCCGACAAGGGGACUGAAAAACAGUCUAAAGAAUGUAGCGUAAACGAAUCAGAUUUAAACACCGGCAAUGGUGAGCUCAAAAAAUCUUUACUGCAAAAGGACGCAGAAAAUUGUGAGACGAUCCAAUCUAAGAUCGAAACUGCUAGCUCAAGUGAAUCCGGAUGUGUUUUGGAAGAACAAUUAUCUGAACUAAACGACUACGCUCUCGAACAAUCUCAAACGGAUAACAUUUUCGAUAGUGUUUCGGAUGAUAACACAAAUGUCGAUUCCGAAAAAUGCUUGAACCUACCAUUACCCUCAAGUGAUAAUGAAAAUGUUUCAAGCCACUUCAAGCUACAGGAAAGUGGUUUAGAAAAUGCUGCUAGUUUGCUUGAAUCUAGGUGUGUAUUGGUGGAGCAGUUAUCACAGACAAACGAUGCAAUUCAAGCCUUCGAUGUAUCCAAAGCAGAUAAAAUUAUUGAAAAUGUUUCAAACGAUAAAACAAGUGAAUGCUUCGACGAAAUUUGUAAACAAUUCAACAAAAAAAUAAAAUUUGGAUCCGAUGAAACGGCGAGUGAGCAAAAUGAAAUUCUGCAAAGCAAAGGCGAUAACGAUCAGCGGGAAAUGCAAACUAAGCAGGAUCCAACUCAAGGGAAUGGUAAACAAAUGGUACAAUCUGCCGAGAGAGGGCAAAUACAACAUCCAAUUAUGAAAAACGGUGACGAAUCAGAGAAUCGUGAAAGUCUUUCCAGAACUGAGAAGAUUGAAGACGAUCAAAACCAUUCAGAAAUUAUCGCACAAUCAUCGAGAUCAUUAUUGAAUGAAGUAGACAUAGAUCAAAUAUUGUCUUACAUACGCGGUAACCAAGAAGGGAAAUUUUCGGAUGAGCAAGCUUCGAUCGAGGAAGCUUCCGAGCCAUGUGAAGAGAAAAUUUCCGCAUUGCGUUUUGUUGGCAAGUUUCAAUGCAAAGAUGAGCACAUCAAAAUCAAAUCUCCUUCGCCAAUGAGAGUCGAUCAACUUGGGUUCUCCGCUCGGAUUAUUUACGAAAAUGUGAUGAUAAAGCUACACAACGAGAGCUGUUUGAUGUCUGCAGAUGAUAAUUUUCUGGCAAAGGUUCAAAUAUUAACUCCAGAGUUGCUUGAGGAAACGAUGAAUUUCGACCAAGCAAAGAAAGUUUUAUCGCAGCAGCUUCGGAUUGUGAAGGUUUUGCAGGACGAUAUGACAACCGGUAGAUUUAGUCGCCAAACAGCAUUUCUUGAUGCAGUCAAUCAAACGUUGAAAUUAUCCACCAUGGAUGAGCGAUGUGCGAUGAAUUGUGUUCAGCUUGCAAUUAUUUUGAAUACUUCAAAGGAUCGCGUUACUCGUCACGUAUUGUGUCAUGAGAUUACCGAAAACCCGUUGAUAGCCGACGAUUUAAAACAAUUGGCAUUCGAUUUAAAUGAAACGGAAAAUCGUGUUCUCGUUAGAAAUCGGCUAUGGGCCAAGUUUGGUCUUCCACAUACGGAUUUAUUUGAAAAUCUUUAUGACUGUUUACAACAGAUAUUGGUUUCAAAUUAUACCGAUUAUAAAAACCUAUUGUUGCAGAAAGCGCCAAAAUUCCUACAUGAUUCUAUUAAAAAUUUGGACUUACACCGGGUGCCUCUUAUUAGAGUAAAUGAUAUAAAACUGUUUACCGAUUUGUCCGGAACUCUGAAUGAAGCUGUUUUCCAAAAGCCGUUGAGUGAUCUCGCUCACCAGUGGAUUGCAAAUAUCGUAGCAAUAAACAUAAAAAAACUGAACCAAAUUGGCUCUCAAACCAAUCCGAUCUACUUCUUUUUAUGCAAGAGUUUGGAUGACUUGAUCACAGUGAUCAGCAACAGAACCGAACAUUCGGCCAACGAAUUAUUAUUCAGCAACAAUAGUGGAUGGCACCCGAUCAAGAAAAUUAAAUGGAAAUCGGAGAAUGCUUUCACCAAAUGUCUUGAGCGGGAGUACUAUUUCAUUUUCAAGUUAUUAAAACAUUUUGAAUUGGGCUCUAGUGCUAGCCAGAAACGAUUUGAAUACAAAGUGAAGAUGUUCAGUGAAGAAAAACAGGAAUCAAGAUGGAAAAAAAUCAUCGAAGGUACUAAAAAGUUGCUAGGAAUCCAUGAAACGUUGGAGAAUAAUUUCUGCAUUGCCGAUGAGUUCUACGUGUGGUAUUGCUUGCUAGAUGAUGUACUAGCUCAUGUACUGCCUCGCGAAUGCAGAUUAGACAGUUUUGAAACCAUAAUCCAGAGUUACUUAGAAUUUCUAUGUCAUGCUAAUCACGAUCAGUUGGAAACAUUGCGUGUUAUCACUCACAACACAGCACGUUUCAUGGUACAGACAGUACCAUACGUAACACUGGAAGAUAGUUCUGUAAUCGACAGACAGAUUUUGCAAAAGCAGCUGGAUCUGAUCAACUUGAAGGCUACCAACAAGACUUUGUCGUCCAACAGCUUCCGCGAUCUGAUCGAUGUAUUUAACAUCUACUGGAAAAAUCGGGAAGAUAUCAUUUCCCGAAUCCCCCUCAAAAUCCUACUACCAGAAAUGUUCUCGUUGAAGGAUACUUUGUUGGAGAUCGUUUUGGUGGCUCUAACGAUAAAUGGCACUUCAGAUGAGAUGGUUGCCUUCUUCCGAGCAUACAAUGAUUUAUUAGUGGAUUUAAACGAUGUUCAGUUUGAAUGGUAUUUGAAAAAGAUAACUGAAUGUAGCUCUAUCAAACCAUUCGUAGACCUGAGCCUAAUCAAACCGAUCGAGAAUAAGUGGACAAACACGGACAAUGCAACGUAUUGUGUCACCGAUCCGGCGAAAUUUUCCAAAUUGGUGCCGAUCAUACUCGAUGGUAUUGAGGUACCAAAGCACUACAUUGUUCUGGUCGUAUCGACAUUACUUUCGUAUAUCAAACAGCAACUCAACAAAACUGAAUGGAAAGAUGGUACUGCUUUGACACAAACAGAUCAAAUAUGCACCACUAAUGAAUUGAUCUUUGCCGUGCGUAACUCUUUCCUUUACCUGUUAGAGCAGCCGGAAUAUGUUUCAUUUGAACUCUUUUACGAUGAACGAAUUAAACCCUUUGCCAGCGUUGUGAACAAUAGUGAGUCAUACCGAGAUUUUACUAAUAGGAUCUAUCUUAUCAAGGAGUCAUUCUGGCACAUCCGCAAACAGAAUGAAAUGGAUGUCGAUAAGGCAUUGGAACUAUUCCAGGAGCUUAACAAUGAUACGCAACAUGAACUGUUACGGAAAGCCUAUCAGCAGUAUGAAACAUGUUUCCAGCAAUUCAUGCAACAGUCGGAGGAAGAUCUUUCUAAGAAAGCCAACAAUGUAAAAAGGCAAGUUUUGGAGCUCACCUCUAAGGCACCAUUCAAAUCCUGGACUGAAAGCUACAAGCAGGAGAAGCUUCCGGAAAUAUUAGCUGGACUGGCAGCCGUGUGGUCCAUUUUGGUUUCGAAAGAUGUUUCCGGCACGGGAAAGUAUCUAACACCGCACUGUAUACAGAUUCUGUGCAUUCUGAGACUACUAAGCGUAGACCGUGCCGAAAAAGGAGUGGUAAAACAUCUGGCAGAGGUUCUAACCGGGCAGGGAAAAUCACUAGUGCUGGGAUUGUUGGCCGCAUUGUUCGCGCUAUUGGGUCACAAGCCCAAAAUUGUUUGCUAUAAUCAAUAUCUGGUGGAAAGAGAUCAGUUAGAUUUUCAUCCGUUUUAUGCACUUUUCAACGUGAACAACGAUAUCACCUACAGCACCUAUGAUCAAAUGGCAAAUGACAUCAUCGCCCCAAUCAUCAAUGGGCAACGCACGGGAUUGCGAGAUUUGGUGACGAAUUUACUGUUGCAGGGUAAGGCUUCGAGUUGUAACAAACUCGUUACCGAUAACUACAAUAAUGCGGUGCUGCUAAUCGAUGAAGUAGAUGUGUUUUUCACCAAGCAGUUUUACGGUAGUGUUUAUGGUCCCGUAAACCGGUUGAUGUUACAAGGAGUGGACAAGAUUCAACAAAGAAUUUGGAGUCUUGUUUCUGAAAAUCCGUUACUUACAUCCGAACCUAUUGCGAAAAAUAUUCACGAAUUCAUCAAAUCAUCUGACAUGGCAGAUCAAACGGAUUUCCAUAAUUUCAUGUCUAGAACUACGCCGUACGAUUUACUGAUUUAUAGAGACGGGAAGACUGUAAAGAAGAGCUACACCAACAGCAGCUUGUUUGAAGAACAUCUUCGUGAAAUGAUCAAAUGUGCUGACGAUGUCAAGCGUUCUUCAAUGGAUCGAUGGAAGAAUUAUAAACUCAGCAAAACAGGAACCAUUCUCAGUAAAUACAGGGAACGAUACGUGAACUACAACAUCACUAGUUACUACAUGGUAUUCAAUUACUUCCGUUUACGACAGUCCAACUUCUCCACUAAAGUGGGUUCAGAUGUUAAUUAUGGAUAUCUCUGCCUGGACUGUGGUUCAAUUUCCUAUGCGAUGCUGCCGAAACGCUAUCCGUUAAUUUUGGGAGUUUCCGGGACGAUAACUUCAUUAAAUCAGUAUGAGAAGAAUUCCAUUCAAAAUGUGUACAGUAUCCGUGAGUUAUCGGCAAUGCCAUCCUUUUUCGGUUGUUCCAAUCUGAAGUUCAAUCCCUUGAGUGACUUCCAAAUACUGAUGAGUAAGUCAGAGUGGUUCAAUAGUAUAUUUAGCAGAGCCAACGCCAUCCUAGGAGCCAAACGUUCGGUAUUGCUAUUUUUUGAAAACGAUACUCAAUUGCACGAAUUUCAUGGAGAAUACUCCGGCCAAUUUGACCGGUUAAAUGUUUUAACCGAGGACACAGAUCCAAAACAAAAACAACAGUUUAUUGACGAAGCCGGUGUUGCUAAAACCAUCACCCUGGCAACUCGUGGCAUGGGACGAGGAGUGGAUUACAAAUCUAGUGUUUCCAUUGAAAAGCAUGGUGGAUUGCACGUCAUUCAAACGUUCUUUUCGUUAGACAUAAAGGAAGAAGUUCAGAUCAAAGGACGUACGGCUCGCAAGGAUAAUCAAGGAAGCUACGAAUUGAUCGUUUUUCACGAUGAUUUGGAAAAAAACGAUUUGUCCCGGAAAGUUUUGGAAACCACCUAUCAGCAAUUCAAUUUGGCUCGGUUAGGAUUAGCUAUGAAAGAGAAUGAGCUUAUUUUGAAAAGUAUUGAAAAAAGCACUGAUGAUCACGAAACAACUAUGCAGUAUAUGAAAACCCUUUUGUAAAUUUAAAGAUAACAUGUUUUUAACUAUCGUAAUAAAGUUCGUAUGAAUAUAAAAAAA